AUGCCGCAUAUGUUCCCUGCAGAAGAAACGUCUCCCCUCCUCAACCCCAAUCCUGAAGCCAGGGGCAGUUUCAACCCUAGAAAAUCUUCAUAUCUUCAACGUCUUAAGCGCCAUCUCGCCACCGAAAUCACCCCCCACGGCACAGACCUCGUCCUCCUCGUGUGCUACCUGAUAACUGGUCUCCUUGACAGCUCCGCGGUUUUUAUCUGGGGCUCCUUUGUGAGCAUGCAAACCGGCAACACCGUGUACCUGGGUCUGGGACUGUCCGGACUAGACGACAGCGGGAAAAGCCAACGGUGGCUGAAAGCACUCAUUUCGAUAUCCAGUUUCUGCAUUGGCAGUCUAUUUUUCGCGGCCUUGGCGCGGAUAUUCCGCAGUUCAAGGGAAAGGGGUGCUUUGAUGCUUAGUUUCGUACUUCAAAUGGGCUGUGUUGCUGUUGCAGCAGGGAUUGUUAGUUUCAAAACACAACCACAUGCUAAGACAGAUAGACUAGGCUGGUGGAAUAGUGUGCCGCUGGCCCUGGUUGCGUUUCAGAGUGCGGGUCAGGCAGUUACGAGUCGGGUUGUUGGGUUUAGCGGGUUGACGAGCGUGGUGCUGACCAGUGUGUACUGUGAUCUGUUUUCGUACUUGGGGGGAGCGGGGCGCGGGAAGAUGGCGGAUGAGUUGAGGCGGCUCGGGGCCGUGGGUGGACUGAUGCUGGGGAUCUCGCUAGGCGGACUAUGGGCGAAGAGUGAAGUUGGGUUAAUGGGGGCGCUGUGGACGGCUGUGGUGCUCAAGGGGGGUAUUGCGGUCGCUUGGUGGUGUUGGAAGGCGGAGGAAGGGGGGCUGAUAGUAGAGUAAAUAGACUACGCUGUACUAUACAUAUAGAUCAGCUGCUUGCGGCAAGCAACCGCAGUCACGGCCACUCCUGAGACCUAUCUUGACUAUUUUAUCCCAU